UCCAUAUCCGUCUCCGUCUCUCUUACUCACGCUACUCCCAACCUUACCUUAUUAUAUAUUUAGCUACCCUUUCACUUUCUCCUCGCCCAUUUCACAACUUAAUCAUGGUUUCUGCCGACGCCAUUCGCACGGCAGUUGGAAUUCUUGGGAAUGCAAUUUCACUGGGCCUCUUCCUGUCUCCACUGCCGACAUUUGUAAGAAUAUGCAAGAAAGGGUCGGUGGAGGAGUUCUCGGUGGUGCCGUACGUCGCGACGCUGCUGAACUGCAUGAUGUGGGUGGUGUACGGGCUGCCGGUGGUGCACCCGCACAGCACGCUGGUGCUCACCAUCAACGGCUCCGGCAUGGCCAUCGAGCUCGCCUACGUCCUCCUCUUCCUAAUCUACGCCCGGAGCGGCAAGCAGCGAGCGAAGGUGGCCGCCAUUCUGGCGGCCCAGACUGCCUUCGUCGCUGCCGUCGCACUGGUGGUCCUCACCACGGUGCACACCAACGACCGCCGCUCGAUGGUCGUCGGCGUCCUCUGCGUCGUCUUCGGCGCCAUGAUGUACGCCGCUCCCUUAUCCGUCAUGAAAAUGGUGAUAGAGACGAAGAGCGUUGAGUUCAUGCCACUGACUUUGUCGCUUGCGUCGUUGUUUAAUGGACUUUGCUGGACUGCUUACGCGCUCAUCCGCUUUGACCUUUACAUCACUAUACCUAACGCGCUCGGCGUGGCGUUCGCGGUGGCGCAGCUGGUGCUCUACGCCGUCUACUACAGCUCCACGCAGCGGCAGAUCGCCGGCCGGAGGCGGAAGGCGGCGGAGGCGGAGAUGGCGGAGGUGGUGGUGGUCCAGGCCGUCGACGCUAACAACGACAAGGCUGGAAGUGGCGCCGCCGCCGCCAAAUGACAUGGCAGGAAGAGUUUGAAUAAUAUGUACUGUGCUUUAAUUUCCGUGGUAAAAAAUUGAACUAUGACUCGUCUACAACAUAAAAUAUUUAAAUCUUCUUGACUAUUCCUGCCGAA